CGCGGAUCUGGAUGCCACUCGAGACCGGAUAGUGGAAGUCUCAUCAGUGGAGAGCUCGCGCGCGCGGACAGCAGGUUUAAACCGGUGUGUGUUCGUGUGUCACCAUGCUGUCGAGACUGCGUGUGAGUGCUGGGCCGUGUGUGAGUGUGUGUCGCUGGGCUCACACUAAGGAGAAAGGCAAACCACUGAUGCUUAACCCACACACCAACAAGGGCAUGGCCUUCACCCUGAAGGAGAGACAGGUCCUCGGGCUGCACGGUCUGCUGCCUCCGAAGAUCGAGACUCAGGACCUGCAGGCCAUGCGCUUUCAGAAGAACCUGAGGAAGAUGUCUGACCCCCUGCAGAAGUAUAUCUACCUGAUGGGGAUUCAGGAGCGUAAUGAGCGUUUGUUCUAUCGAGUGCUGAUGGAGGACAUCGAGGCCCUGAUGCCCAUCGUGUACACGCCCACCGUGGGGCUCGCAUGCACACAGUACGGACACAUCUUCCGCAGGCCCAAAGGACUGUUUAUCUCCAUUAUGGAUCAGGGACACAUUCGCUCCAUCCUGGACAACUGGCCAGAAACUAAUGUGAAGGCGGUGGUGGUGACUGACGGUGAGAGGAUCCUGGGUCUGGGUGACCUGGGUGUGUAUGGGAUGGGGAUCCCUGUAGGGAAGUUGUGUCUGUACACCGCCUGCGCUGGAAUCAGACCCGAGAGCUGCCUGCCCGUGUGUAUCGACGUGGGAACAGAUAAUGAGAAGUUGCUGAAGGACCCGUUCUACAUGGGUCUGUACCGACGGCGUGAGCGCUCUCAGCGGUACGAUGACCUCAUCGAUGAGUUCAUGGAGGCCGUGGUGGAUAAAUAUGGACAGGACACACUCAUACAGUUUGAGGACUUCGGCAACCACAACGCAUUCCGCUUCCUGAAGAAGUACAGACACAGAUACUGUACCUUUAACGACGACAUACAGGGCACGGCGUCAGUAGCCCUGGCCGGUUUAUUGGCAGCGCAGCGUGCAGUGGGGAAACCAAUCACUGAGCACACUGUUCUGUUUCUGGGAGCAGGAGAGGCUGCACUGGGCAUCGCUAACCUGAUCGUCAUGGCGAUGAUGGAGGAGGGAGUGAGUCAGUCAGACGCUCGCCAGAAGAUAUGGAUGUUUGAUAAAGAUGGUCUCCUUGUCCAGGGCCGAUCUCAGUCCAUAGACAGUAAUCAGGAGGUGUUUGUUCACCCGAGUCCAGGAGACGUCAGGAGUUUUCUGGAUGCUGUUAAUGUCAUCAAACCUACAGCCAUCAUCGGCGUGUCAGGGGCGGGGCGUCUCUUCACUCAUGAUGUCAUCAGAGCGAUGGGUUCGAUAAAUGACCGGCCGAUUAUUUUUGCUCUCAGCAACCCGACUGCUAAAGCAGAGUGCACUGCAGAGGACGCCUACGGCCUCACACAGGGUCGCUGUCUGUUUGCCAGUGGCAGUCCGUUCGGUCCAGUCACUCUGGAUGACGGUACAAUCCUCAUUCCUGGUCAGGGAAAUAACGCCUACAUAUUCCCAGGUGUUGCUCUGGCGGUGAUCCUCAGUGGAGUCAGACACAUCAGUGAUACGGUGUUCCUUGAAGCUGCCAAGACCCUGGCAGAUCAGUUGGCUGAUGAGGAGCUGAAUCAGGGGCGGCUUUAUCCUCCAUUGUCCAACAUCAGAGAAGUGUCUGUCCAGAUGGCUGUUAAGGUGGUGGAGUAUCUCUACAGUAAGGGUAUGGCGUUCAGAUACCCUGAGCCAGUGGAUAAGGAGGCGUACGUGAGAUCAGUUGUGUGGAACACGCAGUACGACUCCUUCCUCCCCGACACCUACGAAUGGCCUGGGGUCUCCCACAGCCCCAUACUUGACUAAGCCCCUCCCCCACGGCCCCAUACUCGACUAAGCCCCCCCCCCCCCCCAGUGUCUCCCACAGCCCCAUACUCGACUAAGCCCCUCCCCCACAGCCUCAUACUCGACUAACCCCCUCCCCCACGCCCUGCCCAGUGUCUCCCACAGCCCCAUACUCGACUAACCCCCUCCCCCACGCCCCGCCCAGUUUCUCCCACAGCCCCAUACUCGACUAAACUCCUCCCCCACGCCCCGCCCUGCCCAGUUUCUCCCACAGCCCCAUACUCGACUAAGCCGCUCCCCCCGCCUGGUCCUCACAUUCAUGUUAAUUCCCUGUACCUCAAUAAUUAGAAUUUGGACCCUUGUUAGGGAAGGAACACAUCUGCGGGCGUGUGUGUUUUUGUACUACACAUACAGCUGUUGCUUUCAUUUAAGGGUCGCCACAGAGGACCAUUCGGUCCACGCACAACUUGGCACAGGUUUUACGCCGGACGCCCUUCCUGAUGCAAUCGUCCCAUGUUGUCCGUGCUUGGUACCGGCACGGCAUCCAGUGUCAUCGGGUGGGAAUCGAACCUGGACCUUCAGCAUGUCAGGGGGAACCUACCACUGAGCCACUGAUAAUGAUGAUGAUGAUGAUGAUGAUAUUAUUAUUAUUAUUAUUAACGGUCGUGUUCACUCUGCUCACAUGAUUAGACUAAUCAGAUUAUAAACAGCCUAAAUGAAGUGUGUGUGUGUGUGUGAUGGAGCAGGGGAACCCUAAUGUGUGCAGGGUCAGGGGGUCCAGGGCUGAGAACUAUUGAUGGACACGCACACUCCACACGCGCACACUUCACACACACGCGCCUGAUCUGCCAGCAAGUUUCAUCUGUGAUCACUCACAACACUAGAACACCUCGAGACUGUGGUGCUAAUCCCAAUCCCCCCCCCCAUUAGUCCUGUAUACACCUACAGGAGUCACAUGUUCCUGCGUUGGGGACCAGUCCAUCAAAACUCCACAGCUGUGUUUGUGUGAGGGAAGCGGAGAACUCUGAGGAACCCACGUGGAAAUGAGGAGAAGAUGUGAAGCUCCACACGGACUGAGAUCAGGAUGGAACCUGAUGCUGUAAGGAGGUGAUGAUACCUGCUGCUGUUACCCUCCUGCCCCACUCCAAGGUGUCAUCACCAUUCCGCCCACUCCUGAAGGAAUGAUAACCCUGCCCACUCCUGAAGCAAUGAUAACUCCGCCCACUCCUGCAGUUAUUUUAGUUAAUAUUAGUCUGUGUUUUGAAUAGGAAGACCUGAGUAAUGAGCUCUAACACACUUUUGUGUGAAUGACUGCAACAUAUCUGUGUUGUGAGCUUUACUCCUGUUGUGCACCAGCACUGUGAUUGUGUGUGUGUGUGUGUGUGUGUGUGUUAAUAAUGGUUUCCCUGACAUGUGCAAAGAGUUUUGUGAGUGACAGAGCAACGAACAAGAUUAUUAUUAUUAUUGUUAGUAAGAGCUUUAUUUUGCUGUACGCUCUUUUAUUCCAUUUUAGUUAGAAGGUGACUAAAAGUAUGUACUGUAUGAAUAAAUGCACAUGAUAUAAUGUUGACUGUAUUUGUGUGUGUAUGUUGUGUGUAUUUAACUAAGCACUGAGUCACAGUAAUAAUUAAUAUAAACCUGUGAUCUGA